AUGCGAAACAGGCAUCAAGACGUAGAAUGUGAAACAGGACAUCAAGAUAUUGAAUGUGAAACAGGACAUCAAGAUGUAGAAUGUGAAACAGGACACCAAGAUGUAGGAUGUGAAACAGGGCAUCAAGAUAUUGAAUGUGAAACAGGACAUCAAGAUGUAGGAUGUGAAACAGGGCAUCAAGAUGUAGGAUGUGAAACAGGGCAUCAAGAUGUAGGAUGUGAAACAGGACAUCAAGAUGUAGAAUGUGAAACAGGGCAUCAAGAUAUUGAAUGUGAAACAGGACAUCAAGAUGUAGAAUGUGAAACAGGGCAUCAAAGUGUAGAAUGUGAAACAGGACAUCAAGAUGUAGAAUGUGAAACAGGACAUCAAGAUGUAGAAUGUGAAACAGGGCAUCAAGAUGUGAAACAGGGCAUCAAGAUGUAG